AUAUCCGACGAGCUAAGCUAGCUAGCUAGCUGUACUGUACGUUGCCGAGAGACGAUACGCUGUCUGUGUUUACCGUUUUGUUCUGCUACAGCCUACGCAACGGAGUGGUAAUAUAUCCCUAGAAUGGUAUAGAUUGACACGAAAACGUCCACCAUGGAUUUGGAAACGAUUGAAGAGAUUGACGAUGCUGCCCUUUCUGAGUUUGGUAAGGAGACAGAAGAGAGGGAAGAACUUGAAAAAGAGUCUGAAGACCUGAAGACAGAAGUGCCAGAUGACGUCGAUGAGAAAACGGAUGGAGAUUCCUCGGAGAAAAGAGAGGAUGAGAACGCAAAUGAAAUAAUUUUGACUUCUGGUGAAGAAACUCGUCCGGUGAAUACAGUUGUGGAUUCAGAUAUGCAGACAUGUACUCUUGACGAAGCACAUGAAGUUAUUCAAGAAAUCUCAAAUGAGGAAAAUGUUGCCCCUGCACCAUUGGAUGUAAGUUCAUUGGUAUACAGGGAUACUCAUGGCAAGUUUUGUUUGGAUCUAUCAGAAGAGGACAUCAGCGUGAUACCCUCAGACACCUUUGAGCUAGAUUUCUUAAAUUACUUUGCAGUGACAUGUUUACCUCUGUACAAGAUCCCAUCUGGUCUCAGUUACCUUCGGCAGCUUGAUGCCUUGAUACUGCGAGAGUGUUCUUUAGCAGAGUUCCCAAAGAGUAUAUGUGCAUUGCCGCUCCUGGAAAACUUAGACUUGAGCGGAAAUGAAAUCCUGGAGAUUCCGACGGAAAUAAGAAUGCUAUCCUCGUUGCGACAGAUUGACCUAUCAGACAAUCAACUUACCGUCUUACCCGAUGAAUUCUGCCACCUGCGUGAACUCAUCUGCGUCUUUCUCUCCCAGAACAAAUUGACCAGCCUGCCCACCAACAUCUCGCAUCUUCGCAACAUCCAGGUCUUUGAGAUGAACAAUAACAUGUUGAAAUGGUUACCGAAACAAGUCUGUCUCUUGGAUCAACUUGUGAAGCUCAGUCUUUGUGGGAACUACCUUCAGACGUUGCCUGCGGACAUCGAGUACCUCUUUAAUCUCCAGGAGUUGCAUCUCGAACAGAACAGCUUCUUCUACCUCCCCAUCCAAAUAUACUGGCUUCCGGAGCUGGAGGAACUGUACCUGAGUCAGAAUCAUAUCCAGGAGAUAUCUCCAGAGAUUCAGAAGCUCACUAAGCUUAAGGUCUUAGAUCUGAGUAACAAUGAGCUAAGUACAGUCCCACAAGAGAUAUGUCUUCUCCUAAACUUAGUAUUUCUUGGUCUCAGCUCCAACAGGCUAACAUCUCUCCCAGACAACAUGAAUAGACUUUACAAGUUGGUGGAAUUCUUAGUAGGAAAUAACGAGCUGACAGAAAUUCCCGAUGACAUCUCUCUCCUGUCCGAGCUUCAAGUCCUUGAUCUGUCCAAUAACCAUAUACCGGAUCUACCUGUUGAGAUUGCAAGUCUAAAGCAGGUAUAUGUGCUAUCGCUGCAAGGAAACCAGAUAUCUAAGUUCCCACCUGGUGCCUGCCUUCUUAGCCAAUGUCAAGAGUUGACAUUUGACAGGAACUUACUUAGUAGACUACCCAGUGAGGUCAAGCACAUGAAAUCAUUACAGAGUGUUACAAUCACCAACAAUAGACUUGAACAGUUUCCUAAGGAGUUGUGUGAAGUAAGGACGCUUCAAUUCUUGAAUCUGAGUCAGAACCGCAUCAGUUCCGUACCAGCCUCUGUGCGCCGUCUCCAGAAUCUUGAGAAGUUAAUCCUCGACCACAACACCUUCCCAGCGAUUACUCCGGAAAUGUGCACACUCAAGAACUUGGUAUCCCUCAGCAUGUCGGACAACCAGAUAAAAGAGAUCUGUGAGGAGGUCAGUAUGUACCAACGGUUAGAGGCCCUAGACCUUUCCAACAACAAGUUCCCGGUAUUUCCUCCGGAGAUCUGGACCAUCCCACGGCUCAGGAUCCUACACUUCAUCCAGGAAAAGGGUGUCAAGGCUUCAUUCCUGCAGCCUGCUAUCUACAACUGCUCCGAACUCGAGGAGAUCUACGUCCAGAACAACUGCCUGACCAUGAUCCCAAACACCAUCAGAGCCCUAUCCAAGCUCAGGGUAUUCUGUGCUUCCGACAACUGCCUCAUGGACAUCCCGGAUGUCUUUUGUGAGCUGAAGAACCUGGAGGUCCUGGAGCUUGAAAGGAAUGAGAUCAAGUCUCUGCCAAUAAACUUUGAGAUGUUGACCAAGCUACGGGUGUUAGGACUUGAUGCCAAUCCAUUGGCACACCCUCCAAGUGAGGUUUGUGAAGGAGGAGCCAUGGACCCAAUCACCAGCUUUAUCAGGAGAGCAGAUGAAAGAGAGGAGGCCUUGCUUCACAAAAUGUUCACGUGCGUAGCGGCAAACCUGAGAGAGCGGGAGGCGCAUGACCUGAUGCGCGUCUUUCACUUCCCGAAGGAUGUCAUGACCCUGAUAGAGAAACAGCAUCGAGGAUCCCCUCCGGAUGCCCUGACCAUGUCCGUCGUCAGACGGUGGCGGGAGGAGAAGGGACGUGCUGCGUCUCCCGAUGAGCUGAUACGCUAUGUCGGGUUGAUAGACAUGCCAGUGGUGACAAACAAACUGAAGACAAUGCGUGUGGACUCCCAGGUUCAUAGGCUAUGAGUUCAUCGGAGCCGUUACCGGACUGUGUCAAGGUCGUCGUCAAUCAGUAAAGAAUCAAACAGUGUUGCACAAGCCUGAGCAAUCGACCAUAGCAUCAAUUUUCGUGAUUGAAUGCACUAAAUGAUAAUUGCGAUUAAUCAUAGAAACCAUUCCCAUGAUCAGUUGUCAGGUCGUGUAUUGUGGGACCAUGAUCUUAUGAUCGUGGAUAUUGAGAACAUUGGCCUGUUUUGUAAGGAUUUGAUGAUUGAUCAAAUUAAAUUACAAAGAUAGAAAGCCAAUGAUGUCAUGUUCUGUUCCUGAGAUUGGUUGAAUUGAUGACAUUUAUGGAGAGCAAUAUGGUCGGAUAGGUAGCUUCUAGGUGAUGCAUUUCGGCAUGGCUUGCUUUCGAUAGUUGGGAUUGAUUUGAAUUUAUUGCAAUUCUUUAUGAGGCUUGGUCAGUGCUUCACAUUUUAUUUCAAGGCCAAGAGCUCUGAAGGAGGUAAUCAUUAGGCAUAUUCACAUAUCUGCCAGAUCAGAAAAAUAGCCAUCAAUUAUGAGAACUUUUCCAGGCUACAAAUUACCUCUUAAUAGAUUUUACUCAUUCAGAUUCGCCUGAACAAAAUAGUACCCUCAGCAUUAUCACAAAAGUAUUGCAUCCCUUUCGCAAACAAUGCAUAUUUUUCUUGUGUAAUUUGACUCUCAAAAUUCGGAAAAGUGCCUUCUAAUGUAUGUGUGUUAGAUUUUUAAGAUGAAUAACAAUUCCACGUUAAAAAAAAAUUGGUUGGCGGCGUAGUCACAGCAUUUUUAAAGGUGGGGUUAAUUUGCACCCCCCCCCCCCCCGGAAACUCAGAAACUAAGAUUUAAGCACUACUGGAGAAACAAAUAGCUACAUGUAUUUUUAUCAAACAAAGGUACUGUACAUAAGGAUUCAAUUAAGUCUAGAUCUUUAGAUAGAAAAAUGCAUCUUUUUUCUUACAUCAUUUUGAGAAUUUCAAGUGAAAGCUGAUGUGCAUUCAGACCAGUGUUUCUUUUGCUUUGACCACUGCCAAUACAGACAAGGAAGUGAAAUACCAUUACAUGACAUGAUCAAACCCAUAAUACAAUGUACAUUUACAUUUUAGAUGCUUAUAUUUUCCUUUGAUACCAGUAUGUAUUGAUACAUGUAUGUCGUAUCACACUUUUUGUAUUGCUGCACCAAAAGAUGAAUCAAAACACAAAUUUGAUUUCAAGUGCCUUCUUUAUUAUUCGACCAAAGUACUAUUCACAUGACACAUAUGUACUGUUCUUUCAGUUUACAGCUGCUUGAUGGCAAUCAAAUUGCCUGUUUUUGAUAAACUUGCUCUAAAUGAUAUGUACAUAUACAUGUAGGUAUAUUCACAUUACAUUCUAUUCACAUUAUCUCUAUAUUGUUAAUAGCGAUGUCUUAUUGAGCAUACAUACCGUCCAGAGAUAGUGCAGCAUCAGUUCCUUGGGAUAUACACAACUAAAUAUAAAAAAAACUACAAACAUAAAUGUAAAUGAAGUCAACAACUUAGAGAUCUUCAGUUACUACAAGUUUUGCAUCAUCACCCACUGAAAUUCUAGCUACAUCCUGGUGGGGCCUGGUGCCCUCCUGUUGCUGCUCCAUUCACCAACAAUUUAAGGGGCAAGCCCGGUCAGCUCAGAACUCUGAGCUCUAGCAGCCCCCAUAGGAAGCUACAAUGUAGUCAGACCAGUGAGUGAUGAUAAAUAAAGUGCACUUUACAUUAUACAAAACAAAUUCAAUUUCUAAUAAAUAUGGACUUAGUUGUCAAAAGCAUUUAAGGUUGAACAUUUACAUUCUAUUCACACUAUCUAUGUAUUCAGUACAUUAUAUACAUCUUUGAGCCUAAAGAGUAUCACAGGAGAUUAUAAUAUCUCAUGUUCACGCUAUCUUUGUAUUCAGUUCAUUUGAGCCUAAAAAGUGUCACAGGAGAUUAUAAUAUCUCAUGUUCACACUAUCCAUGUAUUCAGUUCAUUAUGUACAUCUUUGAGCAUAAAGAGUAUCACAGGAGGUUAUAAUAUUUCAUGUUUUUUAAAGAGGCUUCAUUUUUGCUUGCUUAUCCCUGCCAUGCUCGUGUAAAGUCAUGAACCUGUAUUUGAAGUCUAGCCUAAUUUAAGUCAUUGUCUAAGUACGUGCUAAAUUAUGGGAAGCCAAAUACAUCAUUACUUGUUUUACAGUGUAUGUUUCUUAUAUCUGCAUGUAUUGUCCUCAUGCUGGACAAAGACUUCUAAUUAUCAUUCACAAAAAGUAUAUUGAACCUCUACUGUUAAACAAAAAAUAUGCCACACUUGGCUAUCCAUAGUUAAAUCACAACUAUGGAUAGCCAAGCAUUUAAUGUUAAAUCCUAGUUCAGGACAAGGAUUCAGCGAGGCUAUAUAUACUCUUCAUGAUAUAUAAUAUGAGUAAAUUGAUUAUAUACCUCAUUCUCAUCAACACCGACAGUCAAUCCAAUGUGAACAUUCCACUUUUUCGAUUCCAUCAUGGUUCUGCAUUUUUGUGACGAUUCCGUCUGUUGUUUUACAUCACCCCAUUAUAUUUGUUUCAUUUAGAUAUCAUGCUGCAUUGUUCCAGGGUCAGAGGUUAAGAAUAUAUAUAAUAUCUGUUAUAUGUUUUAUUAUUUUGUGGGCCUAUUUAGAAACUAAACCUCUGGAACUAUACACAUGCUGCAAAGGUUAAUUGUAGAUAUAAUAGUUCUUCUUUCUUUCAAACCUCUGGAUCUAUACACAUGCUGCAAAGGUUAAUUGUAGAUAUAAUAGUUCUCCUUUCUUUCAAAGUGUUUCAAGUAUGUGAUUUCAAGCACGUCCAUCAUAAAAAAAGUGCCUUUGUAACAAUGCAUUUAGUGUGAUAAUUUAUAUGAACAAUGUAGGCUGGAGAAUUAAUGUGUAUGUUUUCUUUCCUCCUCAAUUAAGAGUGAUAAAUUCAUGAAUUGAUUUUAUAUAGUUGUGAAGUUUCACUUUCAAGGUUAGAAUUGUAGAAAACAAUAACUAGUGGGUAAUAUUCUUUCACGGGGGUGGCUUUAAUUUGAUUAAGCUGCUUAUGUAGUUUCACAUGACUACGUGUAAAUGGGAUGAAAAAUAAGUUGCCAAACGAUUAAUAAAAUGAAAUAGAUCGUAAUAACAAUGAUAACUGCAUAAAUAUUAUACAAAUAAUGCACGUAAGCGCGUGCAUGCAGGGCCAAAUAAUGAACGAUGGGCGAGAAGAGCCAAUGGAUAUACCGCACGACCGAGUGCGGUAUAUCCAUAUGGCGAGUCGAGCACAGAGUUCAUUAUUUAGGUCCUCUUUGCACAAGAAUGCGUGCAUUGUUUGUUUUAUACAACCCCUCUCCUCCCCCAUGUUACUGAGUUGCCCCGAUUGCUAUAUUUGAUCUAAAUUCUAGAUAAUUCCAGACCUCGUACUAUCCUGCACUCUGACGUCAGAGUACAGGAUAGUGCAUUUUGGAUGCAAUAGUGCGAUUUGCUGAAUAUCAUCCGAUUUGGACCAAUCAGAUUACAGAAUGUUCUUGGGAGUUGUAUAAAUGAUAAUGAUAGUAAUGUGUGCCUUGAGUGUCAUGUUAUUUUUUUUGGGGGGGGGGUUCAAAUGAAUAAACUUGAAACUUAAACUUUUUAAAUUAUCGGCAAAUGUGUGUGCUUUAUAUAUAUUAAAUUAUUAUUGUUAUGUGUGAAGGCAACUUUCAGAGAAGAUAUUAAAUUGAUUUUUUCACUGGCAUCUCCUUAGAAUGAGAGAGGUGCAAAGAUAAUUUAGAUUAAUAGGGCUUAUAUUUUGGUAUUAAUUUGAUGGAUGAUUUUAGAAAUGACCCAGAGUUCAUUUUGGCUUUCCAUAAUCCUUUUAUGAAGAAAGUCAUGCAUAACCAUAGAAACAUCAAUAUUGAAUUUAAGACAAUUUUUCGAAUUGGCAACAUUAUUUUUUUAUCAUUGUAGCAUUUACAUUUAAAGAGAUUAAUAAAAAAAUGCCAUUUGAAGUUGCCCAUUUGCAUGGAAAAUGUUGAUUUUAACAUUUCCUUGACAUUGCUAAUUUUUAAUUAGUUAAUGCAAUGAAGUACAAAUGAAAACUGAGCUCCAUAAGUAAGUUUGUCGAUUUGAUCUUCUUAUGUAUGAUAUUCAUGAAACCAUCAGUGUAAACAUUGUCUUUUGGACAUACUCCUGGUAUUUCAACCAAACCCUGUAAAAGUGACACUUGACAAAUUGAGUAUGUUUUUAACAAUUGUUGUGCUAUAAAGCAUUUUUUAUUGUGAAGAAAUUGGUGUUGUGUAGCUUGAUUUUUUUUGACAAAGGUUUCCUUAACCUUAGAAAUAGUGCAGUAUAAUAGAUUAUUACAUCUGCUUAUGUUUGUAAGAAAUGAAUGGAUCAUGUUGAUGUAAAAAGUCUUACCAGUGCAUAUUUGUGUAAAUAACUGUCUAUAUCAAUUUAUAUAUUUGUGUACUUUUGAUAUGUGUCUGUAAGAAGUAGGCUUGUUUAUUGCAUUGAUGCUUUCAUUUUAACCAGUUUGUCUGCCUAUAGCUGCCAAUUUUGUGGAUUUUAUCCUAAUCCUUAUGAUUAUUUGCAAAAUAGCGCGCUAUUUAUGAAUUACCCCGCUACUUCGCAGGCGCAGACGCGCUCGGGAUUAUUUAUUUUGCAAUAAUCCCAAGUUGACUUGGGAUUGCAAUCUCAAGAUUAAUCCUGCAAACUAGCUUGAUAAUUGCGUCUCCAUUACAAAUAAUCUAGAGAUUGUUCAGAUCGGGAUAAUUUGCCGGAUCAAAAAUAGCGCGCUAAUUUGAAAACUCGGGCUGGUGCAGACGGCCCUAUUGUUCCUCUCUGUUAAAGGCGAUUUUUAUAGUGAAUUAUAAAUAUAUGUACAAUUCCGUCCAUUAUCAUAUGAAAUGCUAUAAUAAAAUCAUCCUGUGUUUAAAUAAA